CGACGCGAAAAGUUCGUACGGGUAUCAGUUUCUGCCGCACUUGGCAAUACACCCCACCUGGUUGUGCAGCACGAUGCGUCUCUCCACCGACGCCGCGCUGGACAUGGACGAUCACCCCAACCAGAAGAAGUGCCACUCGUCUAACCCUGAAGAAACACAUGAGGAACUCUACGUCGGGUGCGCGCUGCACCAGUUUCCUCGCCGUCCCAUUGACCGUUAUCAGUUUGGUUCACUUACACAUUCUUCUGUGUAUUAAUCGUUAUGGAUUUACUUCUUAUUUAGUGAGGACGGAUUGAUUUCCGUGGAUGACAAGAGUCAAAUAGAUAAACUCAAGCUGCUACUGGACCGUCGCGAGCAAGAACUUCGACAAGCGGCAGAAUAUGGACUGGGUUUACUAGAGGCCAAUGAGGAGAUGCAGAUGGAGGUGGCGACUUUGAAGAUUCAGUUGGAGACUGAGACCGAGGAGCUGUCGGUGGAGAGGGAUAUGUGGCAGCGCCGAACGGAACACGCACAGCAGGAUGCAGCGCAGUGGAAGCGCAAAUUCGCGCGUGUAGAGGAAGAGAAAACGGAUCUGGCGGAGGAAUUCGAGCAGUUUGUUGACCGCUGCGAGUGUCGUGACCUAGUUAGAGGGGCUGCUACCACAACAGGGAGUGAGAGGAGAUAUUCGCAUCAUUUGGACACGAUAGCGCAAUUGCAGACAGAAUUACAGGAACUUCAAGCUGUCGAGCGCUCAAACGAAGCGGAACUGACGUCGUUAAGACAGUGGAAAGAGGUGGCGGAACAGCAGCAACAGGAAGCACUGGAGUAUGAAGCGUUGGCAGCCCAAAGUGAAGUCUCAUACAGGAAAAAGAUGGAGGCGGAGCGUGCUGCGGCGCAACGUGCAAUGAAUGAACUGAAGAACGAGAAAGGUCAGCUGCGUAAAGCUGCCCAAAAAUACGAGGAGGAAAUGAAAGCGUUAAAGAAACGACUUCGUCUUGCAGAAGAGGCCAGGGACGAUGUGCAGGUGCGCAGCAAUGAACUGAGCGAGAAGCUACUGUCGUCCGAGUCGCGAUGUAAACGGAUUCAGCGCGAACUCGAGCUACUGGAGCACGUUUCCUACUUCUCACAAGCUAUUGUUGACAACGACGACGAAGAAAGCGAUUCGGAUGACGAAAUUAUUGAAGAAAAGGAUCUCAAUACGGUUAUUAUGUCCGACAUGCCAAAGCCUGACACCAAGACUGCUGAAAGUGAUGCAGAAAACCCUGCUAUGCCGUCACCAUUGAGGAUCAAACGAAGACGAUCGUUCCUCUUGGCGAAUGCUGUGCCGUACUCACCCUUCCCGACGACAACCGUGGCUGAAGACGGCACGCAGGUUACAGUAUCUGAUUCGGAGAUGGAAACGCACAAGAAACUCCACCAUUAUUUCCACUUAACGGCGUUGAGUAUCAUCAACGAAAACAAUUUACACGACCGCUGUUUCAGCUCAUCGAGUCGUCUCACGAUCGACAUGUGGUAUCGUGAAAUUAUCGCGAAAGAAGUCCCGUUCCUCAUGUGGCACUCGUGGCUCAUCAACCGUAUUAGUGAAGUAGCUGCGUCUGUGCAAGAUGAAGACAAAGUGCCUCAACCACCUACGUCUUCUUCCAAGAACUCAAGUUUCACUGGUGCUUUCCACGGGUUUUCACUGCGGAAAACUAGUGGAAGCAGUGCGAAUGAGACAAACAACGCACUUCCUUCGCCACCAACGGCAUCACCAGCAGCGUCACCAGUGGCUCGCGUGCCGUUUACAGUGGCACGAGCUUUCUUCCGUUUAUUGCGAAAGAGAACACACGCAGGAGCUGAUACUUCGCCAUUCAAUGGGUCUCCUGCUGGUGGCUCACCUGCUGGAUAGAGCAUUGUACACUUGCACAGCCAUUCUAACAUGAGAAUUCAAAAUGUAGCUUAGUCAUUUCUGUUGCCUACAAAACUCAGCGCCGAGCAUCAUCUAACACAGCGUACAGAUUGACGGCAAGCGGGUCAGGGAAACCAUAGGGCAGCUCGUCAGAGAGCUGCAAACCAAGCAGCCGCC